GAAUGCUGUUGAAAUAUAUACAGACGCCCGUAACCUCAGCGACUGAUAAAGUGUUUUACUCAUUAAGAAAGUAGUUCCAUCCUAAUAGGCGUAACGAAUUUGUUUUACAAAGGAUAAACACCCUUGAAUUUCAUAGAGUAAUCGCUGUCUUGAGGUUUUUUUUUUAUUGGUAUAUUCAAACAGGAAUUGGAGUUGAUAUGGCUCUGAUAGAGUUUACUCUUUCGUUUCUCUCGAACGCGAAUUUUUAAAAGGAUUUCUAGACUCGCUCAAGGCGACAGUGCUACUCCCACGGUAUUGCUAUGCCUGGCUGGCUAAGCUUGGUCAGGCUGCUGAGAAGACGUUUGGUUUUAGGAUUGAUCUUUGCUCUUUCACUGACUUAUUGUGCCUUGAGUUUGUUUCAUCAUGAGAGAAAGGGCAUCUUUAUCGAGUCCAAUGGAGAUGAUAGUAUUAUCAAUGAUGACAUGAAUGGGGAUGACGAUGUCUUUCAAUCCUCUGGGAAGCCAUUCCUCUGGCAGAUGCAAAUUAUUAAUGACGAGUCUAAUGACAAUUCCUUGGAUAUGGCUACAUUAUUGAAUUCUAAUGGGAGCGAGAUUUUUACUGGAACCUGUCGAAACUCUGUACAGGGCAAAGCUCUGAUUGUUGACGAACGUGGUUUGGUAUGUGCAAGACAGGAAGUCUUACCAUCAGGGUGCUGCAGUUCAGAGCAAGAACAAAAUUCAUUGGAUGGUGAACCUAGACCCACUAUCAAGAGAGAAAGAUACAGCUGUGAGAGUUGCAAUGCCCAAGGAUGUUGUGCUGUUUACGAGUACUGUGUAUCUUGUUGCCUUCAGCCUGGCAAGAUAAAAGGACGGAGAGACCGAGAAGCCGACCCCGAGCAUACUCGUACCAAUAAUAAAAAAAAUCGCCGUGUGGAGGAUACCAUAAAGCAUCGUUUGCGAAACCUGGACCGUUUCCAAGUAUGCCUCGCGACCUGUCGCACUUCGAGUGCCUCUGUUCGUCACGAGAAUACCUACAAGGAUCCGCAUUCCAAGCACUGCUACAAUUUACAAUCCUCAGGAACUGGUUAUCACCAACGCAAUCGACGUGAUUUAAUUAUAAUGAAUAAUAAGGACGACAACCCCGACGUUGCCGUCACAUCCUCUUCUACCGUGUCGUUACUUAAACCCUUCUGUCAAAAUCCUCGUCCCGAAAUCCCAACGUUCUUGUAUCAGAGAUAUAUUUUAUUUGAGAGUAAAAAUACUACGAAAAGGUAAAACAAAAAUACCAGAUAGUCACAGGAGGGAUCGAAUGCCUCGGACAAGCGUCGACUUGUACCGCCAAACGU